AUGAAGAGAAGGGCUCUGUUUGGGUGGAAAUACCAUGAGCUCAGUCUUGGCCAAGUUGAGCUUGAGGUGGCAUUGAUUCAUGCAGGAAGAGAUAGCUACAAAGCAGUCUGCUAUCUGGGUUUGGAACGUCAGAGGUUUGGUACUGGUUAUUACCAGAUCAUGCAGGCUCUAAUAUUUGCUGUGGAGGAGAUUAACGCAGACCCUGAACUCCUUCCUAACAUCACACUGGGUUUCCAGAUUUUCGAUACGUGCACUACUUUAAAAGAAGCAGCAAAAGGUACUCUUUGGAUACUGUCAGGAGGACAAGUAAUAACUCCCAAUUAUCACUGCCACAAAGGAGCUCCUCUUGCUGGUAUUAUUGGUGACUCCGGUUCCACACGAUCAAUUCUUAUGGCCCAGUUCUUGGGACUCUACAGAUACCCACAAAUCAGUUAUUUUGCCACCAACCCUGUUCUUAGCAAUCGGAACCAAUUUCCAACUUUUUUCCGUACCAUUCCUAGUGAUGAAUUUCAAAUGAGAGGGUUGGCUGAGCUUGUCUCUCAUUUUGGUUGGACUUGGAUUGGCCUUCUAGCUACAGAUGAUGACUAUGGACAAUUUGGAAUUCAGAUGAUGAGAGAAAAAUUAACAGACUCCGGAGUUUGUGUGGCUUUUAUUGAGACUAUCUUACUCGGACAGUCCAACAGAAAUGCUCCUCAUGUUGUCCGGAUCAUAAGGGAGUCAACUGCAAAAGUAGUGGUGGUGAUAGCCUCUGAUUCUGAUUUUGUGCUUGUGGUAAACGAGGCACUGAGGCAAAAUGUAACAGGAAAUAUCUGGAUAGGCAGUGAAGGCUGGGCAAAUUCUGCUCUACUAUCUCAUGAACUUUUCCAGGUGGUGCUAAAAGGUAGCAUUGGUUUUGCUAUCCAUGGUGGCCGAAUGCCAGAAUUCACUAGAUAUCUAAAGAAUCUCCACCCAUCAAAAGAUCUCAGCGACAUUUUCAUAAGGGAAUUCUGGGCAAUAACAUUUUCUUGUAAGUGGUUAAGCUAUGACAAUAAAGUAGAUUUGAUAUCCAAUGAUUCCAUUCAAGUUUGUACAGGAACUGAAAAUCUACAGAGCCUAAUGACUGAAGAAGUUCAUAGAGCAUCUCUCAAUGUCUACAAUGCAGUUUAUGCAAUGGCUUGGGCUCUGCAAGGAUUGUUUCAUUGUACUUCUGGAUAUGGACCAUUCCAUGAUGGGACCUGUGUGGAUAUCUCAUCAUUGCACCCUUGGCAUGUUCUUUACUAUACUAAAAAAGUAAACUUCAAGGCCAAAGGUGGACUUCAAGUAUUUUUUGAUGCAAGAGGAAAUCCUCCAGCUAUCUAUGACAUUGUGAACUGGCGUGUGAGUGCCAAGGGAGCACUGGAGCAGAUUGUCAUUGGCAGUUAUGACUUGAGUGCUGCAGAGAACUCAAUGCAAAUAGAAAGAGAUGUCAUCAGAUGGGCCAAUAACAACACUCAGGUCCCUCAAUCCAUGUGCAGCCCAAGCUGUGCCUCAGGAUUUAGGAAGGUCUUAAUUACUGGAAAUCCACUUUGCUGCUAUGAAUGUGCCCGGUGUCCUCAGGGACAGAUUUCAAACCAAACAGAUGCUGUGGAAUGUCUUCCAUGUUCCUGGGACACAUGGCCCAAUCUACAACAGGACAGAUGUUUACCAAGACCUACAGAGUUUCUUUCCUAUGAAGAACCUUUGGGUUACAUCUUAGCAGCCAUCGCCAGCACCUCUUCGAUUAUUCCACUUUUUAUUUCAGUUGUUUUUAUUAGUUACAACAAAACACCAAUAGUCCGAGCCAACAACUAUUCCCUCAGCUGCCUUCUCCUGCUCUCCCUGUUCCUCUGUUUCCUUUGCUCCUUAUGGUUCAUUGGUUACCCACAACCUGAAAAUUGUCUUCUGCGCCAGGUGGCAUUUGGGAUGGUUUUUGCUCUCUGUAUCUCCUGUGUUCUGGCCAAAACCAUCACUGUUGUCAUUGCCUUUAAUGCAACUAAACCAGGCAGCAGGUUAAGAAAGUGGACAGGGGUGAAGGUGUCCUACUGUGUCAUUGUGUUGUGUUCCUUUCUUCAAAUUAUCCUUUGUGCCUUUUGGUUAAUAUUCUCUCCUCCCUUUUCUGAACUUGACACUGACACAAAACCUGGAGUCAUCAUUGUUAACUGCAAUGAAGGGUCACUCACUGCUUUCUGGUGCAUGCUGGGAUACCUUGGACUCUUGGCCACCAUCAGUUUCAUUGUUGCCUUCUUGGCCAGACGACUCCCUGACAGUUUCAAUGAAGCCAAAUUUAUCACAUUCAGUAUGUUGGCUUUCCUCAGUGUCUGGGUGUCCUUUAUCCCAGCCUAUCUCAGUGCAAAGGGCAUGUAUACUGUGGCAAUGGAAGUCUUUGCCAUCUUGUCUUCCACGUGGGCUGUGGUGAUCUGUAUCUUUGUACCAAAAUGUUUCAUUGUAUUGUUCAGGCCCAGAAUGAACUCCAGAGAACAUCUAAUGAGCAAAGGUAGCGUUCAAAAGUAA